GUUGCAACAUAACCUCAAACAACAAAACAAGUUAAGAAUCUUCCACGUUCUUAUCCAUAAAUAUUAGUAUCCAAACUAUAUAAAACAUGGAAGUGAACACCCCAAGGAGGGGUCAAAGACAAAAACGCAUGAGUUUAAAAGCUUUAGAAGCGCAACAGGUGAAAAAUUACGAAGAAAUUGAACCGCUAAGAGAAGACCCAAUUUUCGAAGUAUCAUCUUCAAACUCAGAAGAUUACACCUCUCCAUCAGAAUCAUCUGAAUCAUCAUCAUCAUCUGAUGAAAGCAAUGAUGAAAUGGAAGAUUCAUUGGAUACGAAUCAAGAAUUGAAUUUAAAAGAACCAAAAUAUUUAAAACAACAAAAAAAUAGUGUUAAAUCAGUUGAUUUCACACAAAAAAAAGAAUUAAAAAAGAAAACUUCUAGGUCUUACAUGAUAAAGUCGGAAGAUUAUUUUUUUAAUAAUGCAAUUAAAAAACCACAAACAUCCAAUCAUACUUUAGAACACUUAAAACGACCGAGAUUGUCACAGGAUGAAUUGAGAAAGUUGCUUUCAAAUUUAACCAUAUCGGAGCAACAUAAAUAUAUAAUUGAAAAGAAUUGUUUGGAUUAUAAAAAUAUAUUUAAGAAAUGGCUUUGCUUAUUACAUGAAGGUUUUAAUGUUUUAACUUACGGUUUAGGUUCAAAACGUGAUGUUUUAUUUGAAUUCCAAAACGAUUGUUUAACUGAUUUGCCUGUUAUUGUUGUUAAUGGUUUUUUUCCAAGCUUAACUAUAAAGGAAAUUUUAGAUUCGAUUUUACUUCAAAUAUUAGAGAUAAAAGAAUCUUCGAGUAAUCUUUUUGAAGCUGUAGAUUUAAUCGAGGAUGAAUUUAAAAAGUAUCCCAAUUUACAUCUUUACUUAAUUAUUCAUAACAUAGAAGGUGAUUCUUUAAGAAAUCCAAAACAUCAAGGUGUUUUAGCCAAAUUAGUCCAUGUUGAAAAUAUUCAUCUAAUUGCUUCUAUUGAUCAUAUAAAUGCACCAUUAAUUUGGGAUCAAAACAAAUUGAGUAAAUUUAAUUUCACUUGGUGGGAUUUAACCUCAUUUUUACCAUACAAAGAUGAGACUUCCUUCGAAACAUCUAUGAUGAUUACCAAAACUGGAUCAUUAGCUUUAUCGUCAUUGAAAAAUGUAUUUUUAUCAUUAACAUCGAAUUCAAAAGGAAUUUAUUUGAUUAUUGUCAAAUAUCAAUUACAAAACUCCGGACAAUAUUAUCAAGGGAUGCUUUUUAAAGAUUUGUAUUGGUCUUGUCGUGAAGCGUUUUUAGUCAGCUCUGACUUAGCGUUAAGAGCACAAUUAACCGAAUUUGUUGAUCAUAAGAUGGUUAAAAUAAAACGAUCGGUGGAUGGUGCUGAAUAUUUAAAUAUUCCUAUUCAAAAUGGUUUAUUACAACAAUUUUUAAAUGAACAAUAAUAAUUUAUUAUAAAUCUGUACCUGAAUUGAAAUAAUUAUUAAGCUCGGAAAUAUCGGUAUUUUUAAUAUUAAUAAAACUUAUUAACUGC